UGUAUGCUUGCUGUCUGUACUUCCCCUGCAAACGAAGUUUUUAAAACUCGUCUUUGACCGACAGGGUCGCUGCUAAAUCCCGCUAGACUUCACAGAUGUGGAUUAUAUCUUCAGUUUAGUCCGGCCGAGCUGAAUUAUAUUGCAACAACCUUCAACUUCGAGAGCUUUACUGGAGGUUUGCAUCCAGGGUGUGUCCGGAGAUUCAAGAAAUCAAACUUUUUUUUAAUGUAAGUUUGGACAUUUUUUUCUUUGAAGUGAAAGCAAAGAAAGAGUUGGUGGAAAUCUCGGAGCCAUUAUGCCGGGGAAUGGUGGAGUAUACGCGGUGAAGAGGAGGAAGAAGCCCGUACAGAAAGUCCCAAAGCCUCCUCCUGUGAAGACAAACCCGUCCAAAAGACACCGAGACCGCCUCAAUGUGGAGCUGGACCGCCUCACCGCCAUGCUGCCUUUCUCUGAGGAGGUCAGAGGUCGUCUGGACAAGCUGUCUGUGCUCCGUCUCAGCGUGGGAUACCUCAAGGUCAAGAGCUUCUUCCACGCGGCUCUUCACAAGAGGUCGGUUCCUCCUGUCACUACGAAUGGCAGAAACGGACACGGACAGUCAGUGUCGCUGGAUGGAGUCAGCUUCACUGAGGGAGAUCUCCUUCUCCAGGCUUUAAAUGGUUUUGUGUUGGUUGUAACAACUGACGGCACCGUCUUCUACACAUCCCCCACCAUCCAGGACUUCCUGGGCUUUCAUCAGUCCGAUGUGGUCCAUCAGAGUGUGUACGAUCUUGUUCACAUGGACGACAGAGAGAUGUUCAAAUGUCAGCUCCACUUUGCCCUCAACCCCAGCCAGACCGACUCAGACCAGAGAGCAGAAGAUGGGCAGUCCAGUAAAGCUUCUAGCAGCUCUAUGGGCUUGUUGCCUCAGUACAUCCCUCCAGAGAAUUCGUCCUUCCUGGAAAGAAGCUUCUGCUGUCGGCUUCGCUGUCUCCUGGACAACACCUCUGGAUUCCUGGCUCUGAACUUCAAUGGACGUCUGAAGUUUCUGCAUCUGCAGGGAAGCACAGAGGCUGAUGGGAGAGGUGCUCCUCCUCCUCAGCUGGCUCUCUUUGCCAUCGCCACUCCUGUGCAGCCACCUUCAGUCAUGGAGAUCCGCACUAAGACCCUCAUCUUUCAGACCAAACACCGGAUGGACUUUGCACCAAUGGGCAUAGACACUAGGGGGAAGCUGGUUUUAGGAUACUCAGAGAUCGAGUUGGUCACAACAGGCUCUGGGUAUCAGUUCAUCCAUGCUGCUGACAUGAUGUACUGCGCCGACAACCACCUGAGGAUGAUCAAGACAGGAGACAGCGGUUUCACCUUCUUCAGGCUACUGACAAAAACAGGACACUGGUUGUGGGUUCAAGCCAAUGCCCGAGUCGUCUUCAAGGGAGGAAGACCAGACUUCAUCAUUGCCCGUCAGAAAGCACUCACAAAUGAAGAAGGAGAGGAACACCUGCGCCAGAGGAGGCAGCAGCUCCCCUUCAAUCUUGCCACUGGCGAAGGCGUUCUGUAUGACACCACCCUGGAUGCCUUCUCCAUGCCUGGUCCUCCUGGCUCGGAUGCACCAAGCAUUGCAGAGCCGCAGACAGAGAAACCUUUGGACCCUGCCUCCAUUCUUGGAUCCCUUCGCCGCCAGGAUCACUCAGUUUACACCCAGCCUCAGAAUCCCAGUCCGCAGCUCCCAAUCUUCAACCAAAUAGAGGACAACAAUGAGUAUGAGCAAUCCUCAUUUGAGCAGGCUUUCCUGGACAGCCAUGCCCUCCUCAGUGUGCCAGGGCAGGUCCAGAGUUCCCAGAAGAGGACCAUCACUGGAGACCUCACCUCGGAGGCUAUGUUUGACUCUUUGGAGCAGAUAUUGGAGGAUCUUGGGGAUGGAGUGAUAGACGGACUUGAAGUUGAGGAGACAGAGCUGAGGGAUUGGGAGAACACUCUGGUUAGGGUGAAUAACAAGAGGGAGGAUGCAUCGACGGACAUAAACCGAAUCUUGGCUAAUGACGUGUUCUCGUAUGUAGAGGAGGCUUUGAGGAGAGAGAGCAGUGGAUUUUUGCAGAGUUCAGAUCAGACUGUGAGCAGUUUGUCCAAUCAGGAACAGCAUCAUGGGUCAGUGUGGCCAAAUAAUGAGCAGCCAAUGACAGACAGGACUUGUAGUUUUGCAGGCCAGAAUGUGUUUAGUGCUGGUGGAAAAGGUGCAUCCCAAACUGGGUCAAACAGAGCAGCACCCACACAGUGUCGUAACAGUCCUAAUCGGGGACACACCUCGUCACUGUGGCCUGCAAGUGGCAGCAGUCAGCACUGUGGCAACCAAAUAAUUUCAACACAAUCAUUCCAAACCGUUCAAUCACAGCCUGUUAUGACACAACAGUCUUGGCCUCCAUCCGUACAAAACAACAUCCACAAAGCCGGCUCGGAAAUGACAGACCAAAGAGUUCACUACACGCUUAACCACACUGGUUCACAGCAGACGUAUGUGGGCCAACCACUCCAGAGCCCCUCAGCAUGGCAACAGCAGCAGCUGCCGCAACAUUUUCCCCAUCACACACUGACACAUUCCUCACACACACCGGGCAGCGUGAACUCAACAGCUCAGUCGUUCCGCCCGCAAAUGCAGCGAUUAUCCGGCAGCUGCAUGUAUGAAAAAAGAGAAGGUUGCAUACCCAACGCUGCUACUGUUCCUACCAGACAGAACGGACCCCUCAUGGGACCUACGAGAUCCAAUGGACCCACACAUGCUGCAGGGACGUCCACAAAUGCCCCCUACACUCUUUCCCAUCCUUGCAUGGCAGUUGGAGAUAUGAGCCAGGGGACGGUUCAGUCAGCAGGCUCUAACGCUUGCAUAAGUGCUUAUGCAGAUGUUGGUGGCAUCAAUUUGGGUCAUUUGAGUGGCGACAGCACCGGUUUGGGAGCAUCUCAGUCAGAAUAUCCUAACGGGAAUGGAUCACUGCAGUCGUCCUUCUUUUGUUGGAAUGGUGAAGCUCAGAUCCCCAACGGCCCCCUGAACGGAGUUGUUGACCCGUUCUCCUUCCCUGCCCGUCCCUCUGGGAACAUCAACCUUUCCCAAAACAGUGGGCCACAGCCGCCUCUGCCCUGCCCGCAGAGACUUUGAUGGAUGGACAGAUAUGAUGACUUUCUCCUCGUGGAUACUUAUAUUCUUAAGGAUGUUGUGUCUGCCGUGGCUCACCAAAGACAAUGGAUCUUCUCAUUUCAAACCUUCUCUACAUUACAGACAUUAACCAGUAAUGUAUGUUCAAGUAUUUCCAAUUUAUGAGCCUUGACUCUUCAAAUAUUUAUCAAGCAACCUAAUCCAAUUAUUGGCCUUUACAUGUACUACCCUGAAAGAAACCGACCAUUUUGUGAAGAACAGGAGCUGGACGAAACAGGAUUGAUUGUGGAAUUAUGUACAGGAAAUCUUGACUCUCUAUAUCCCUAAUCAUGCAGGAUUAAAGGACACACUCUCUUUAAAUGGAGGACAUUUUUCUCACCAGUUUAACUCCUCUGACUGUCACAAUGUGAAUCUGGGAAUUGUUUUUUCUGCAAACCUUUACCUCUGCUUCCUGUAAAUAUUCAGUCUGUAUUCAGUUUAUAUUUGUGUGGUGUUUCAGAAACAUGUCUUAGAUCAGGAGGAAGUUAAAUCAACUUACUGACUAUCAAUAUGACAGCCUGUGUCCACUAAAAACCUUCUUUUUGCACUGGCAGCGCUCACAACCUCAUUUUCAGAGCACUUCUCACCAUCACUUAUAUCGCUAUGUUAUAGAAGAUAACUUUUAGUAUUUCUACUUCUCUUAGUGGAGGUCAAAUAUUCUUUUUUUACUCUGUAAGUUUUAAUAUUAAUUUUAUUUAAGGAAAUAUAAACAAGAAAACAUGAAAACAAUGGAAUACAUCCCGUCCUGGCAUUAGCAGCAGUCAUUACCCUUGUUAAGUUGCUGUCUGCAUGCAAUUAAAAAAUAUUGAGUUACUGUGUUGGUUCAAACAAAUUUGGACUGUUGAAAUGCGUGUACACAUGUUAGUGGAACUGAUUUCUACUAAAUUUAAUUUCUCCGUGGCAGACCAGCCUAGAUAAUAUGGUUGGAGGUCUAUUUUUCCUUACAUAUACACACCUCAAUCAGACCAGACAAGACGGUGGUCUGGGCUUUUAUGAUACAAUAGAAGUGUUAUUGUUGUUAUACUAAAGUGCAAUACAAGAAGAAUACAAUGGCAGUGCCUGAUUUAAACUAUUAAUACCAAUCAUAAUUAAGGAUUUUCAAACAAAUUAAAUAAAAACAGUAUAAAAGAUGGACGGAUCUGUAACAUUUUAAUGCAAUGGACGUAUAACUGAGCAAAAGACAGCAGCAGUACAAUAUGUAAGCGCAGUAGAUGUGCACAUGCACAGCUAACUGCUGAUGAACAGUGCCUUUAAAAAGUAUUCAACCUCUAGGAUGUUUUACCCUUUUACUGAUUUUAUAAAUCAGUCAUAGUCAAUAUAAUUUUGCUUUUUUGACAAAAAAAUUACAAUAAAACUCUUUAAUGUCAAAGUGUGAAGAGAAUUGUAAGAAGUGAUGACGCUUACAUUCUUUGCACAACUGCUCAAGCAGCCACAAAUUCUCUUUUGUAUUGAGGUCUGGGCUUUGACUCGGCCACUCCAGAACAUUCGCCUUGUUGUCUUUAAACCAUUUCUGUGUAGCUUUCUCUGUUUGCUUCUGAUCAUUGUCUUGCUGGAAAAUAAAACUUCUCCCAAGCCGUAGUUCUUUUGCAGACUGAAAAAGAUUGUCCUUCAGGAUUUUGCUAUAUUUGCUGCAUUCAUUUUACCCCCCACCUUUGCAAGCCUUCUGGGACUGGUUGCCGAGAAGCAUCCCCGCUGCAUGAUGCUGCCACCACCCUGCAUCACAGUGGGGAUGUUGUGUUUGGUUACUUGUCUGAUGGCCAAAAAACACCA